AUGGCGUCCAUGAGCUCUGGUGAUGAAAGCCUCCGACUUUGCGUGUUUGAUUUGAGGAGAGGCCAAACCGAAGGACAGGAGCUUGACAAGAUUCUCUUCUUCCAUCCUGCUGACUUAGACUUCUCGACGCAGUUAUCAGUGAUCGGCCUCAGUGAAGGUCUUAUUACUUUUACUAGACUUUUCUCUCCGGAGGCAGCUUGUGAGGUGAUAGAAGCAGAAAGACAUUCCCAUGUUUUCUACGAAGCUGAAUCUGAUAUCUGGAUGGUGAUGGUUGUGGAGAAAAAUAAGGAGACAGGAGCGGUAUGGAGGAUUGAUGCAUUGAGGAGGGUGCUAAAGGAAGUGCACUCACUCUUUGUGAUGUUUCAUGGGUCAAUGAGAGCAUUAAUCGAAAAAGAACCAACAGGAGGGCUUACACGAUCACAGCUUUAUCCAUUCAUCACAGAUUAUUUGAGCAAUUUUUUUGUUAGGAAGAAACUUCAGCUACCAACUUUCCGAGAGACUUUGAGAGAGCGUGGAACUGUUCAAAUGCUUACUUUAGCAAGAGAGACAGCACUUGAAGUUCAGUCUCUUGUUCAAGUACUGGAUUCAUGUACUGGGAGCUUACGAUGCCAUUCUAUGAUCUUAUAUCAAGAUUUAUUGGUCUCAACAACUCUUUCUGCUGAUGAUACCGUCAACUUAUUUACAUUUGCUGUAAUGAGGUUGACCUCAAAUGCGUUAUCCUCUGGCGCGAGUACCUGGUCAUAUCGACGGAAAGGGCCAGUUUCACCUGAAAUCUCUGCUAGAGCUACUCCGGCGCAACUUGGUUCAGUUGAUUCUGGAGAUUCAGGAAAUGGUGAUAACAUGAUGCAUGUUAUUAGGCCACUGCAAAAUGAGAAGUGGACAAAGGGGAAAGAUGGUUUUCUUAUAACCGAUAUUUGGAGUCUAGAGACUGGUGGUUCACCUGAUUCUGCCAUCCCUACAAUCUGGCUUCAGCAGACACAAGAGAGAGUGUAUCUCCUUGCUUAUCAGUAUAAAAGUCUCACCUUGCUUCUUCUCAUGCCUACGACUGCCAUUGUCAAUGGAGAUUUGAGCGUCUCAGCAGUGAAACAGAAAGUUGUUGAAGAUGCAUCACUGAGAAUUUUGAAAAUUGAAGAGAAGAUUUCUAGAGGGUGGGGCGGUGAGAAUGCCUACCAUGUUAAGGGCUACCGUUACUUGGUAGUUGAUAAUGACGUGGAAGUUUCCAGAGCUUCUCCCUCAGGAAAAGUAGCAACUCUUGCAAAGGAGUCUCUACUUUCACUAAACAAGCUCAGAGAAGAAGUGGAUAUAGAAAAAAGCCGUGCGAAAAGGCAAGAGAAAAACAUGGAAAUAUGCAUCAGAGCUAAGAACAAUGCGUGGGUCAUCGCUCGUGUGACCAGAGGUAAGGAGCUUUACAUGGCUUUGGAGAAAGCCAGCGACACUCUUCUUGAUGCCACAGACGCUGUUGGAGAAUUCAGCAACAGGUAUUGCAGCGGAGUGUUCUUGAUGGACUGA